AGAGAGAUGGGGGAGGGAGGUGAAAGAAAAGAAGAGAGGAAAUUGAUCAUUUAAACGUCCUGGGCCUCGCAAUCCUCUAGGAGAGGCUUCAAUUUCUACUAAAUACAAAACGUAUUUCUGUUUGUAUUUCCAUCUUUUCGGACAGAAGGCGUAUUAUUUUUCUUUGUUUCUCUUAUUGGGGUUAUUCCUGCCCAGGAGAAGUGACAUCGCCACCAGCAGCAGCAGCAGCAGCAGCAGCAGCAGCAGAGGAAUAUCUCCCAAUAUCCCAUCCCAGGCACGUCGGAUAAACUGCAGCAGACAAAACACGAGGCGAAUCUUGCGACGGACGGGAACAUGGUCCGUGCGUUCUCCCUCCUCUUACCCUGACCGGGAGGCAGUUUGGGCUUGUUAUGCGGUUGACCGGAAGGAGAGAGUGACAGAGGAACAGUGAUGCUACUGUUUACAUAACGAGAGAUUCACACAUACACUUACACGCAAACGCACACGCCCACACACACACACACACAUGCUCAAAUCGCCAGUCCAGGACAUACACUCUUGCUUUAACACUUCCACACACACACACAGACACGUAUUCAAGGGACUCUGCGACUGAGUCACCACACACUCAGAGGCAAAGAUUCACUGACUCACACCGCACGCAGAAAGAAAAGGUUGUUUGCAAGAGUCAGGACUGUGAGUUGUGUGUGCUACGUGCCGAGCUGAGCAGCAGCUGUGUGCGUGUGUUGGAUAUCUCUAAAGGGUCAACCCCCCCCCUACCUCCCUCCCACCCAACACUCCCAUCUCUUAUCUUCUGACUUCCCCUAAGCCCACAAUCAUGUCCAAGUUGAGCACCAGCAGAACUCCUCGUCCCGCGCCUCCUCCCCCGUCCUCCUUCGUCCCGUUGGGGAUUCUAUCCCUCGUCCUCUCCCUUUGGCUCUACCCGACCUCAUCGGCGGCGCAGCAGACCGUGCCCGUCAUCUCCACGGUGCACGGCCGCAUCCGCGGCAUUCUGACCCCGUUGCCCUCCGACCUGCUGGGCCCCGUCAUCCAGUACCUGGGAGUGCCGUACGCCAGGCCUCCGACAGCGGACCGCCGCUUCCAGCCGCCCGAGCCCCCUCUGCCUUGGCCGGGAAUACGAAACGUGACGCAGUUUGCUCCAGUGUGCCCGCAGUCGCUGGAUGAGAGGAGCAUGCUGGGAGACAUGAUGCCGUCCUGGCUGACGGCUAACCUGGAUAUAGCUGCAACGUACCUCACUCACCAGAGUGAAGAUUGUCUUUACCUCAACAUCUACGUCCCCACCGAGGAAGACAUCCAUGAAGAGGGGGGGCAGAGGCCGGUGAUGGUCUACGUCCACGGGGGCUCGUACACAGAAGGCACUGGCAACAUGAUGGAUGGCAGCGUGCUUGCAAGCUACGGCAACGUCAUUGUCAUAACCCUCAACUAUCGUCUCGGAGUACUGGGCUUCCUUAGUACAGGGGACCAGGCAGCAAAAGGGAACUAUGGCUUGCUGGAUCAGAUCCAGGCUCUGCGCUGGGUGAAGGAGAACAUUGCCGCCUUCGGAGGAGACCCAAGCAGGGUCACGGUGUUUGGAUCGGGGGCCGGGGCCUCCUGCGUCAGCCUGCUCACCUUGUCUCACUACUCUGAGGACCUGUUCCACAGAGCCAUCAUCCAGAGCGGCAGCGCCUUAGCCAGUUGGGCUGUGAACUACCAGCCGAGCAAGUACGCCCGGCAGCUCGGCGAGAGGGUGGGCUGCGGCAUCGACGACAGCACCCAGCUGGUCGCCUGUCUCCAGGGCCGGAGUUACCGCGAACUGGUGGAGCAAAGCAUAACGCCAGCAAAAUAUCACACGGCUUUCGCCCCGGUGAUCGAUGGUGACGUCAUACCGGAUGACCCCCAAAUUCUGAUGGAGCAGGGAGAGUUUCUGAACUACGACGUGAUGCUCGGCGUGAACCAGGGCGAGGGCGUGAAGUUCGUGGAGGGCAUCGUGGACUCGGAGGACGGCGUCACGGCCGAGGACUUUGACUUUGCCGUGUCAGACUUUGUGGAUAGUUUGUACGGAUACCCGGAAGGCCGAGACACGCUGAGAGAGAGCAUAAGGUUCAUGUACACGGACUGGGCCGACCGUGACAACGCAGAAACCAGGCGCAAGACUCUGGUGGCGCUUUUCACCGACCACCAAUGGGUGGCGCCAGCCAUCGCCACGGCCGACCUCCAUGCUCAGUACGGAUCUCCCACCUACUUCUACUCCUUUUACCACCACUGCCAGAGUGACGCCACGCCGCCCUGGGCUGACUCCGCCCACGGCGAUGAGGUGCCCUACGUGUUCGGGGUGCCCAUGGUGGGACCCACGGAUCUGUUCAACUGUAACUUUUCCAAGAACGACGUGAUGCUGAGUGCUGUUGUCAUGACUUACUGGACCAACUUUGCCAAGACUGGUGACCCAAACCAGCCGGUUCCUCAAGAUACAAAAUUCAUCCACACUAAACCUAACCGUUUUGAGGAAGUGGCCUGGUCCAAAUACACCCCUAAAGAGCAGCUGUAUCUCCAUAUUGGCCUGAAGCCCCGUGUCAGAGACCACUACCGCGCCACCAAGAUCUCCUUCUGGCUCCAGCUGGUCCCGCACUUGCAUCACGUCAAUGAGCUUCUGCAAUCGGUGUCGUCCUUCACGCACAGUCCCUCCCCACAGGACGACACUCCUUAUUCCUACACUAAGCGCCUGGCCAAAGGGUGGCCGCCUAGCAGCACGCGUCAUCCGGGUUCACAAGGAGGCACUCCGCAGCCGCCGGAGGCCGCUUUAGGCCAAGGUGGAGAGGAAGACGGGGUCCGCGUCCCUCCUGAGGACUACUCGACUGAGCUGUCGGUGACGAUCGCCGUGGGAGCCUCGCUGCUGUUCCUUAACAUCCUCGCAUUUGCCGCACUGUUGUACAAGAAAGACAAGAGGCGCCUGGAGCAUCGCCGGCCACGGCCACUUCCUCCCCCAAGACGGGACAUCACGCCUGCAGAUGUCGCCGCCCACUUGCAAGGGGAAGCGCUGAUGUCAUUGCAAGUGAAGCAGCUGGAGUGUGACGCUGCAUCAGCAGACGAGAGGAACAACACUCACCACCAUCACACUCUGGAUACGCUGGACGCCCUGGACGGCUUGGACACCCAGGACAUCUACAGCACGCUGGACACCGUGCGCCUCACCUGCCCGCCCGACUACACCCUGACCUUGCGCCGCUCGCCCGACGACGUCCCCCUCAUGACCUCUCUGACCCCGGGAUCACUGCCCGUGACUCCCGGGUCCCACCCUGUUACCCCGGCGACGCCGAUGACCCCCAUGACGCCCGGCUCAGUGGUGGGGAUGAGGAUGGGGCAUCCGCACCAGGGAUACACACACCAUAACCCGUAUAGUAAUACACACCUGCCACACACACACAUCUCCACGCACACACACUCCACUACGCGUGUAUAACCACAGCAAGAUACCUGCACACACAAGGACAUCAUUAAAACACACACACUCUCAUACUAACAGAUGCACAAACACACACACACUCCACACACACAGACACACACACACACACACACACACACACACACACACACACACACACACACACACACACACAAACACGUACACAGAACAAAAGACUUAAAUACCUCUACUAAUUACCCUGCAGGAUUGUUUCAGAUGGAGUGACAGAAUGACAUUUUCAGUAACAGGAAGAAAAGACAGACAGCUGUGUGUUGCAUGUCGGGAACUAACGGACGAACUGGAUCCCGGCAGAUGCAGUUCUAUGCAUCAAUCGCUCAUCACCUUGAACGAGAUGAGCCGAGGCAUCCGUCGCGAGAUCUGCUUUGGAUAUGAAACCUUUUGCUUUUUCUACACCCGGAGAGGACGAGGAGGAGCGCCGUGGCAAAAAGGGUCAGUCAUGGAUCAGUUUACAUCUCCUACUGUACCUGUGGUGCACCGGUGAAGCGGUGCAGAGGCUGAUCAGAGCACACGCAGAUGCAGAUGUAGAUGUAGAUGCCAAGAAGCACCACACACAGACUGCUGAUGUCAACUUGAACAACCUGUGAAAUGUGAAUGUAGCAUAUUUUUCCAUUAAAAGAUCUGAGGCCCUAUCUGCCAAGGAUCAAAAUAAGCUGAGGAGAAGAUAACACAUUUUCGAAAGAGGUGGAUGUAAACAAAGAUGGAGAGGAAAAGGGGAUCUAAAAAAAAACAACAUUAGCUGUAAAGGAAAGGUUCGUCGGAAGGUGGGAAAGGGAUUAGGAUUUUAUUGAAAGGGAUUUAACAGCUGUGAGAGUGAGGAAGACAAAGCGAGAUAGAGUGAUAUGGAAAACACGGGGACAGAAAGCGGGCCAAGAGACAGAAAUUAGCUUCAGACAAUGAACGGGCCUCUGAAGUGUUGUCAGAUUACUGAAGAAUCACUCUAACCAGCUACGUGUUAAACUCUGUAAAUAGAAUGGAAAGAUACAGAUGAUAUAUUAUGAUUUAUAGCAUUUAACUGCUGUUGCAUUAAAACAUGACUUAUUUAACCACAUAAAAUGCUUUCAUUUCAGAUACUACUAUAUUAUUGUAUAGGUGUCAUGAAGCAAGGCUGGUUGUCUUUCUAUCUCACCCACUGUAGUAUUUACACAGUACUUUUAUUUAAAGGCUAUGUCAUUACAAUCAUUCUUAACUGUGUAAACAUCUCAAUACUUGUUCAGUAGUUGAAGUAAAGGUCAUUUUCAUCUCCAUUUACUGUCCAUUGUUUGACCAUCUGGUGAUGAGUUAGUACUGUGUAGAUAAUGCAAUAUUGGUAUGAUCAUUAAGCACCAGCCAAAAACCAUUACCUGUUAAUCCCUUCCCAUCCCUCCUUUCCCCCUUGCUCCUACCAUUUAUCCUAAAGGCCUUACCCUUAAUUCUUAAUAAAUCCAACCUUAUAAAAUGGCUCAGCAGACAGGCAGGUGGUGAUGAUCUGUGAUUCGGCAGCACGUCCCCAGAAAGUUUGGAAUGAGUUCGUUGUUUGUUUUUUUCCUACCGGGCGACCCAGUUAUUCUAAAAAACACCCUUCUGGAGCUACGUAAUUCUGACUGAAACCUUUAACAAAGGUCUGUUAAAGCUUAACAUUUCUCCACAGUGUGUGUGUGUGAAUCUGUCAGCCACAUUUUAAAGCGUGGAGUUUGGUAUCUGCCUCCUUGUUGUCAAUACCUCUGAGCAUGAUUUGAUUAGUUAGCGGCGGCUCGGGUGGAGCUGAGGACGGAUGAUGAGGGUGGCUUUGCUCCAUGGUUUGACUUGACAUUGAAGGCAACUCUAAACCAGCCCUUUCUUUGCCCGUCCCUAAUAUCCUCUUUAUGGAGCUAUUUACUUAAUUUUUUUCUUCUUCCAAAUCGCCCCCUACACAGGCUUUAGAAUGAAUUGAAAUGAAUUAUUAAAAGCCACCACCAACGUCUCGUGGAAGUAAUGAUUCAUUUUAUUUCAAAUGGAAGCUGAAGGUUUUCCUGCUGACUCCACAGCGAUUGCUCGAGGGCGGUGGUGGUUACUGCUUUGUGUCAUCAUAAUGAGAAACGCAGCAUUCAGAAAAUCUAUUCCGACCAAUUCACACUGACAAUUCACGAGCCGGUCGUGUGGUUCAGUCCUGGCUGCCAUUAAGAAAUGACAAGUGGUCAAAGCCAAUACGUGAUUGCUAAUGUGAAUUAAUCAAGAACUGCCGGACUUUAAUCUCAACCAGUAACUUUAAACAAAGGCCCUUUCCCCUGAUAUACCUUCCCUGUUUUGUCCUCUUGUCCAGCUUCUCCCUUCCCCCCAAACAACCCCCCCCCCCCCCCCCCCCCCCCGCCUCCCGCACCCCCCUCCUCCCAGCCUCAUCUGUGCGACGACAUGCAGCUUUGUCACAGUGUGGCCUAUUUAACCUCCUCUCAUCCUAAGUAACUUCUUCAUGAGAGAUUUUAGUUAGUUGUCAACAGAAUACAUGAACAAUGAAAGCCGAAAAAUUUGUGGAUGACAAGCAAAGAACUUUUACAAAAUGAUACAAAAAUAACAUUUAAUGUAUGUUUGAUCGACUGGAUAUUUUUUUCAUAUGGGUUUACUGACCCAGCGGAUGGCUGGAUUGUAAAGCAUAAAACAUUUUUGCUGCAUUUUUGAAAAAUAAAAAAUAUCAGUAUUUUACAAUU